AUGCUGAAGAGGUGCGUUCCUUUGGUAGGGUUCGGUCGGUAUUCCAGCAAUAGAGAAAGCAGUAUGAGGAAAGAGUUGGAAGGAGCUUCAGACGACAGAUCAUCUGAAUCUAGAGGGAAGAAAGAAGUGAGAGGAGCUUCCAUAUCCUUGGACGUGAGAUUACAGGCAAAAAAUAUUUACGUCAGAAUAGUUCAUGCAGGUGGGCGUGAGGAACUCUAUCCAAAUGCAAUUCCUGCAUCUAAGCUGAUGGAAAAAUAUCCCGGGAUGUCUGUUGCGCGGCCAGAAGUCUUCAAAAGUCCACACGAUUCCCUAUUAUGUCCGGAAGACAGUCUCUUGCCUGGUCAGAAAUACUAUGUAGUCCCAUCCACAACUGUGCAGAAACUAAAGCAUAAACUCUGGAAGAAGGCCGAGGUAAAAGAACAUGUUGCAGUAAAAAAGGAGACUUGGGAUUGGAAGAUCACCAUAGAUGUAGGUGAAGUAGGCCUGGAGGAGCGUAUUUGUUAUGCAAAAGAUUUUUAUCAAUCCAAGGACAGGACCGAAAAGUGCUCAAAAGACUCGAAACCUUCAACGAGGAAUCGUGUUAGAGGGAAAAAGCCUUUUGUACCUCCACUCCCAAAGGGAAAACCAAUCCGAGGAUUGGGGUGGGAGCCCAGCCUGACUUCUGUAUCGGAGCUCUCUCCCUGACUUUGUGUUCCUUCUUUCUCGAUGUUUCUCAGUUGUCACCCAAUGUUUUUCCAGGUAAGGUGGUCUUCC